AUGGGAGGAGUCGCCAUCUCCUCUCCCCUGCGGCGCUGCGCCCGCGACCCGGACGACGACGACGCCCUAGAGGACGGCGAACUGCGCGUCCUCGUCCACGAGUCCUCCGACGACGACGGGCGGCGCUACCUGUUCCAGCCACACGUCGAGUACGACCCUGAGGACUUCCGUCGUCCGCAGCACAGCUCCCCUCGCCACCGCCGCCCCCUCAACGCGCUAGAUGCGCUAGACAUCCUCCUCUUGGGCCCAGGCGCAGGCGGCGCCCUGCCGUCCCCAACGCCGUCGGGCGAGUGCGAUUCGGAGGGGACGCUCAGCGACGACCACCACGUCGGCGGCAUCGGCGGCGGCAACCCCACCGGUUCCGGUUCCAGCGCGGGGACCUCGUCAUCCGCCGCCGCCGCUGCCUCUGACGCGGUGGAUCGGGGCUGGGCCGCCACCGGCAAGCGAGGAUGGAAGGCAGGGGGCAACAAGAACAAGAAGCCUGCCGCGGUGGUGGUAUCUGAUUCUGAUUCUGAUCUGAACACGAUCUCCGCCGACGGCGAAGGUCAGACCGGGACCACUACCAGCAGCAUCAUCCCUCAGGCCGCCCCCGCCGCGCACCACCAACAGCCGCCUCUGCCGGAGCGAGCAGCCCAGCCACCGCGCGCGCCCCAGCCGCCUCGGCCGCGGCGGGAGCGGGCGACGGAGUACACGUGCAAGGAGUGCGGCAAGUCGUACCCGACCAACCAGGCCCUGGGCGGCCACGCCGCCGGGCACAAGAACAAGCAGAGGGAGGCCGAGGCCAUGGCGGCCGCCAUGGCAGCCGCGGCGGCCGGCGGAGGCGGCUGCAGCGGCGCGUCCCUCGCCGCCGCAUUUCCUCUGAUCCGCCGCGGCGGCAAGGCGGACCAGCCGCACGAGUGCCGCAUGUGCGGCAAGGUGUUCGCCACGGGGGUGGCGCUCGGCGGCCACAUGAGGGUGCACUACACCGGCCCCCCGAUCGUGCCCGCCAGGAAGAACAAGAAGAGGUGCCUUGCUCCCCCGCCGCCGCCGACGCCCGCGGAGGGAGACAUCGCGGUCGCGUCGCCACCGGCGUCGGCGGAGGUGGGACUCUCGCUCGCGCUGUCGAUCAAGGCGGAGGAGCAGCCGUCGACGCCGCCUGCUGCGACGGCCGGAGGAGCUGUUAGAGUGGUGCGUCUCUUUGGCAUUGACAUCAGCCCGCAAGCGCAGGCGCCAUUGCAGCAGCAGCAGCAGGGCUCCGGCGGCACGACGGAGGAUUCUUCGCCCACCGGUCAGCAACAACAUUAG